AUGUCUACAUCGCAUAUUCCAACAUCAACGUUGUCUAGCUACCCACCUGGUAGUGAACAAUCACGAUCGCGUAAUCGGCCUCGAUUAGGCUUUCAAGAAGCGAUGGAAAAUUUUUCUACCAUGUUUCCAACCAUGGAUCGCUCGAUUAUUGAAGCUGUAUUACGCUCGUGUAAUGGCCAUAUACAACGAACUAUCGAUAAAUUAUUGGUCAUGACUGAUUCAUCGCCUACGGAUGAAAUACUUACGGGUGGCGAUCAACCUCAAAUUGUAAGUUUAUCGGCCAAUACAGACACUUCAUCCAAUAGCACUAAUUUGCCGCUCGGAUCGACAGAAAAUAAUCAUCCUGACAUGCUCUUAUCCAUCGAUCAGUCCUUUGGCAAUAACAAUAAUAAUCGUGAUAACAACAUCUACGACAAUAAUCUGAACCUUCAUAACAAUAAUAAUGCCGGUAGGCCUACGACUUAUACUUCAAAAUAUCAUCCUCCAUUAGUUGGUCGAUUACCCGAUGAUUUCUUACGUAUUAAGCCCACACGUAGUAGUCACCGUCAGACACCAACGUAUGAUCCUGUUGCGUUACAAAUGAUGGAAGAUGAACGAUUAGCCAAAUGGCUACAGAAUGAAGAAUUUAUGCGUCAUCUACAAAGUAACGAAGACUUUGUUCGAAGCUUAGAAACCGAGCAUAAUCAUCAUAAUCGACGUUCGCGGCGCCAAGGCGAUCGACCACAGCAACAAUACCAACAACUACCACAACAACAUACUAUACCUCCAACAGAAGUAAUUGCUAGAAAUACCGAAGAUGCAGGAGCCGUUGGUGGUCGUGAUGAAGAUGAAUCUUAUAAUAAGAAAAAACUAUCUACCGCGGAAUUUAGGGAAAAACUCAAGACUAUGGGAUCAAGUUAG